AUGGCAUUUCCGAACCGCCCUCAGUUCUCUGGGUUCAUGAGGCCCUGCAGGGCGGAAGGGGGAGCACCCAAUUUACAGGUCCUGGGGGAGAUUCCGAAAGAAAUCGAUGGUGUCUUUUACAGGGUUAUGCCGGAUCCCCAGCUUCCUCCGUUUAUUGACGAUGAUCCUUGGUUCAACGGCGAUGGCAACAUCUCAGCAUUCCGUAUCAAGGACGGCAAGGUCUCGUUCCAGCAGCGCUACGUGAGGACGGAAAAGUUCAUGCGUGAGCGAAAGGCGCAGCAGGCGCUUAUUGGCAAAUACCGCAACAGAUUCACAGACGCUGUAGAGUUUAAAGUCCGCAGCACGGCCAACACGAAUGUCGUAUACUUCAAUGGCCAACUCCUGGCAUUGAAGGAGGAUUCGCCUCCAUACGCCCUAGAUCCGGUCACGUUAGAGACAAAGGGCCUCUAUGAUUUCGACGGCCAGUUGCCGAGUUUGACAUUUACUGCGCAUCCGAAGUUUGAUCCCAAAACAGGCGAAAUGGCCUGUUUUGGAUAUGAAGCCCGCGGUGAUGGGACGCCGGAUGUUUGUUAUUAUAACGUCUCUCCUGACGGUAAGUUGACUGAAGUAGUUUGGCUGGUGGCGCCGGUUGUAGCUAUGAUACAUGAUUUUGCCGUGACGGAGAACUGGGUCAUCUUCCCCCUCAUCCCCCAAGUAUGCGACCUCGAGAGACUGAAACAAGGUGGCGAGCACUGGCAAUGGAGCCCCGAGACACCGUUAUAUUUCGGAGUCCUCCCACGCCAUGGAGCCAAACCCACAGACGUCAAGUGGUUCCACUACAAAAACUCUUUCCCGGGACACAUCGCAAACGCAUACGAAGACACACACGGCAAUCUCAUAAUCGACCUCGGCCUCAGCGACAAAAACGUCUUCUUCUGGUGGCCUGACGCCCAAGGGAACAGCCCCCCACCAAGCUCCAUCCACUCGAACCUCGUGCGCUUCACCAUAAACCCGCACGCAACAGACCCUGAUCUCGCCCUCUCAGAACCGCAUGUCCUUGAAAGCAGUAACUCUGAAUUCUACCGCAUCGACGACCGCUUCGCCACCCGUCCUUACAGACACUGCUUCUUCACCAUGAUGGACCCUGCCCUGGGCACGGACUUCCCACGCAUCGAGCCAAACCUAGGCGGUGGGUAUCCGCUGUACAAUGCGCUUGCGCACUUCGAUAACCAGACCGGCGAGACGGAGGUCUAUUUCCCGGGGAGUACGCGUAUGGUGCAGGAGCCGGUGUUUAUUCCCCGUAGUGAUGGGGCGCGGGAGGGGGAUGGGUAUUUAUUGGCGUUGGUUAAUAAUUAUAGGGCUAUGGGGAGUGAGUUGCAUCUAGUUGAUACGGGGGAUUUUGGCAGAGUGAAGGCGAGGAUUUUGUUGCCUGUGCGUUUGAGACCGGGGUUGCACGGGAAUUGGGUUGAUGGGAGGGAUGUUGCAACAUUGUAG